AUGACUAAUUCCUUUCCAACAGCUUCCGAAUUAGCGGAAAGACACAAAAAUGAUCCAAUUCUCUCGAAGCAUUCGAGGAAUGCUCUGAUUGUUGUGAGCAAUUUCGAUUGGCGAUGGGAUAUUGGAUUGAUUCAAAGAUUAUACCAACCAUAUUUUGCGACGACAAUCUUCUGCGGACCAUUCUAUCCGAAUGUUUACUAUUCUUAUUCAAAGGGUUUUCCCGAUAUUCUCAAUUCUUUCAAUUACAUCCAUAUGAAUUCCGAAGAAAUGUACCAUGGAUAUUUCGGAUACGAAUGUUUGACAUUGGCCAAGGAAUUACGUUUGAAUAAUAUCGAUGGCUACAUUCAUAUGGCUGAUGAUACCGUAUUCAAUUUGUGGCAAAAUAUCGAUUUCUCAAAAGUUUUCCAUUUGACGGGAAUCGCUUUUUUGAAUGAUCGACUUUGGUGGACAAGACGUUACGGGCUUUCUAAAGCACAUGAUAUCGUGGAUUUCAUCAAAAACACAACAGAUCCUGAGAUUCUUUCAACAUGGAAGGAAUUUGAAGAUGGGCUUCGUUUGUACAAAUAUAUAAAUGAAUCUCAAACCGCGUUUGAUGAUAUGCUUCUAGGAAAAUCUCGCAGUUUAUCAGACUUCUAUUAUAUUCCAUCUAGUAAAAUUGAGUACUACUCGAAGCUUAUGCGAAUAUUUUACCGGCAUCGGCUCUUCCUGGAAUUGGCUGUCAACAAGUUUCUGCGAAGUGUUCCUCACAAAACAGCCCGUGAAUUAACUAAAUUAUACUUGUGGGGUAACCGCGGCCAAUGGCCUUCCAAGUAUAAUUCUUCGAUGGUGGCGAUGCACCCAAUUAAACUCAGCAUGUUUCAGGAGCCAUCGAAAAAAAGAUACAUAUAUUGCUCAAAGGUAAUUCAGACAUUCCAUGACAUUCUGCUAGCAGGAUCAAAAAAUUAUACGGUCAAACAAAACGACGAACCGGAUUGGAUGAAUGGGUGA